ACCCCUUCCUCCUGACCGCCUCCGCUUCAACCUCUGGUGUUCGUUACGACCCGACGCUCUCGCAAAUCGAUCUCAAGGCCGUCCAGCCACCGUCUUUCAUUUACGCCGUCGAUUUCUGCUCGCUUCUUUACACGCUUUUCUCUUGAAUAUUCUUUGCGCUGUACAAAGUUUAUGUGAACCCGGCCAUGACAGCGACGAUAGGAAGUGCCGCUGUGAACCAUCGCGCGCAGCUUGCGAGCGCAUACAACGAGCUCGGCAAGGAGCUGUCGUCGCAGAAGAUACGUGUCGUAGGCAACUACACCCUGGGCAAAGUCAUCGGCGAAGGCGCGUAUGGGAAAGUGCGUCUGGGGACGCACCGGAUGACCUCUACCAAGGUCGCUAUCAAGCAGAUCCCGAAGGCUAUGUCCGCCGCGCUCACCCGCGAGAUUCACCACCAUCGCCAGUUGCACCACCCGCACGUCGUUCAGCUGUACGAGGUCAUCGCGACCGAGUCGUCUAUUUGGCUGGUUUCAGAGCUCUGCUCAGGCGGCGAGCUUUUCGAUUACCUCGUUGAGAAGGGUCGUCUGGCCGAGGAGGAAGCCAAGGUCGUGUUCGGUCAGCUGUGUCUCGCCGUCGGGUACAUACAUGACAAGGGUAUCGUGCACCGCGACCUGAAACUGGAGAAUGUGCUCCUGGAUGAGAGGUGUAGGGUGAAGCUGAGCGAUUUUGGCUUCACGAGGGAGUAUGAGCGGGGGGCGCUGUUGGAAACGUUCUGUGGGACGACCGGCUAUGCGGCGCCAGAGAUGUUGUCGGAACAAAAGUAUCUUGGCCCUGAGGUCGACAUCUGGUCUCUUGGCGUCAUACUCUACACUCUUCUCACGGGGUCACUCCCUUUCGACGAUGACGACGAGGCGGUUAUGCGCGCGAAAAUCAUCAAGGGUGACUUCGAAGAUCCUGAAUGGCUCUCAGACGAGGCGCGCGAUCUCAUCAAAAAUGUUCUCCAGAUGGAGCCCUCCAAACGACUCAGCAUAUCCCAAAUACUUGCCCACCCCUGGUUCAAUCUCAUUCCUCAGCCCGUUGCUACCGACUCUCUAUUGACUGUUCCCGGGACUCCCCCAUCCUCUCAUCCUCCGCUCCUUCCUCUCGACGUUAACCUCACCACGCCACGCGCUCCCGCUCUGGAGCAGGAAGACUCGGGCAACACCUCCGUCUCCUCUGCCGCCUCCGAUUCAUCCUUCCUCUCCGCCUCGUCGGAGUUCAUGCCCUCCACACCAACCACCCCGGAAGGCUCCCUCGAUCACUCACACGCAAACGUUAAACCCAGCGAGCAGGAGCAGGACGAGAUCCACCCCACGCUUCACCGCAACGCCUCCGAGAGCACGAUCAAGAACAUCGCCGCCAUCCACGCCGUCCUCGGGCCGUCCGCCGCAGCGCCCGCGUUCGAAUCCGUGCCCGAAGCCGACGAACCGACCACCUCGCCGCUCUCCACCUCACCCCCGGCGGCGCCCAUCUUACGUACCUCGUCCACCCAAUCCGGCUCUAAAGCCCCUCCCGCGCACCCGACCCGCACGCCCGCGCGCACCAAACGCCGCUCCGUCUCGUCCGCGCUCUCUGAGACGUUCUCGAUCCCUGACACGCCGCUCGCGCAGCAGGACCCGUCCGCGCCGCCGCAGAACUUCGCGGCGCUUCUGAUGACGCCGGCUCCGGUCAUCUUCUCUACCGGGCUCGAGCGCGAGCUGCUCGAGACCUUGAGUGCGCUCGGGUUCGAUACGGCGCAGAUCGUACACAGCGUGCUCACGGACGCGUGCGAUUGCGCGAGCGCGGUGUGGUGGAUGUUGAAGAAGAAGGCGGAGAGGAGGGCGGUGGAGAGGGGUGAAGGGGCGAGGUUGGUGGAGACUGGCGGGAUGACGCCUGCGGUGAUGACGGUACCGUUGAUGGGCGAGCCUGAGGUGGAGGAGAAGCGUGCGGAGAAGGUGAUAGAGGUGGAGAAGGAGAAGGAGAGGAAGGAGAGGAAGGCGCCGCCGAGUAAUGUCAAGACCACCCAUACGCACAAGGAUAGCGUGGGCACGUUUGGGCCCACGAACCCAGUCCUCGCGAGGUCGGCUCCGAAUCUACACUUCGUGCCCCCGACGCCGACGGCGGAGGCGCAUUCGAAGGCUGCACCCGGGCCGGUCACGCCACCACGAUCGGAGUCCCCCACUAGGCCGCUGCUCACCCCCUCUGCGUCGAUCAUCUCCACUCAGUCCACUCCCGGCAACAAGGAUAGCAAGGAGGAGAAGCAAGGGAGCAAAGGUCGGCGUGGCAACAGGAGCGGGAGCGUGAGCAUCAUGCAGCGCGCCACUACCGCGCUCGAGGCGGCGGGCCUCGUCCGGAAGAAGAGCAGCGAAGCGGUGAAGGAACAGAAGGAGCGCGAGAAGGAGGAGAAGGAGCGCCAGCGAGCGCUAAGCCCGGACGAGGCCGGGCGGAGCUCGCACGGCAGCGGCUCGAAGCUGACCAAAUCGCCGCCGCUGAAGGCUAUCAAAGACGCGCUCCUGCCGAGUACGCCGUCCGUCGACUCGGAGGAGGCGCGUCCGCAACACCCGAGCGCGACGGGCUCGCCAUGGGUGAUCGCGGGCAAGACCGGCGGCGGCGCGGACGACUCACGCGUGAGCACGCCCAGCGGGAGCCCGGGCGAUACGCUCCGCAGCCUACCGAACGUGGGCGAGAAGACGAUGGCGCCGAACCGGAACCGGGCGAGCCUGCUGGCGGCGUUCCGGAUGUGGUUCGAUGCGGACCGGAAGGGGAAGCGGAAGAGCGCGAACGUGGUGACCAAGGCCGCGGCGCCACAGCGCGACGCGUACGGACGGAGUGUGAGCAGCCCGAGUACGAUGGGCGGUGGCGCGGGCCGGGGAGGCGGGACCAUGCGCCGAAGGGGGAGCAGUAGCGGGAGCAACACGGGUAUACCGACGCGGAAGAGCGUGAACCGCGCGAAGCGGCAGAGCGCGUCGUCUCGCCGGAGCAGCAGCGUCAAUUCGCGGCGGUCGAGCGUGAACUCGAUGCAUGUCGUGAUGGAGAGCCCGAGCUACCCACUCGAGGGCAUGGCCCACAUAUCGCGCCAGUGGAGUGACAACUCCCGUAGGAGCUUUGGCGCGCACACGCCCAAUUCGGAGAGGGGCGAUUAUCCGAGCCGGCCAAGUUCGAUCCGGAGCUUCUCGAUGCCGAGCAACAGGCAUAGGAAGAGCCCGAGCCAGAGCUCGGCGGGGAGCCUGCAUAGGACGUCAUCGCCGCUGCCCAGGAAUCACAGGCGGGCGGGGUCAGGCUCGUCGACGAGGGUGGUGCGCAAUCGCCAGGGGCGGCCGAGCCAUAUGCGCCAGAGCUCAUCCGCGUCCGUGCACUCCGUCGGCUCGUCGAGGCACGGAUCGACGCACGACCUGUCCGAGCUGGACAUCCCGAACCGGACGACGAGCCCGUACAAGCCCUCGCGGAGGUCGCUCGACGACGGCAGUACGCCGCGGAAGACGACGACGUACGUGGCGCAGAAGCGGACGACGCCGUUCAUGAGUCCGGCGGCGACGCUCGGCCGGUCGAGCUGGAAGAAGUCGUGGGGGCUGGAGCCGCCCGGCUGGCAGAGUCGGCAGAUGCACGUUCCGAUCGAGGUGCUGAGCGUCAGCCCCGUCGGCGCGGGUGGGGACACGCCUGCGAGCAUCCGGGACGUGUUCUCGGGGAGGCAGAGCUUAAGCGUAGGGGACGAGAGCGAUUGGGUCGACGAGGACGACGACGAGAUGCCGUUCGCGGGCGGGCUGGGACAGAUGCCGAGCAGCGCGACGAGCAAGACGUCGUUCGUAUCCGCCGCGCCGUCGCCGACGGAGAAUUAUGCGCUUUCUGCGCCGCCGAAAGGUAAGGGACGCGCGGGGGGGUCGAAGAGGAUGAACGAUUGGAGUGGCGGAUACGCGCCUGCGUCGGGCUCGGCGGGCGCGAACAGGCAUAAGCCUGGGGUGUCGCCCGGUGCAAGGACGUCGCCGUUACCGACGGAUGGAUAUGAUUCGGGCGACAUGAAGGGGACGAGAAGGCAGCUCCCGGUCGGCCGGAGUCAGGCCAUGCGGCAAAUCCCUAUCCAGGAGGAGGACGAGGACGAGGAGUGAAGCGUCUAAGUCGCUCACUUCCGUCGCUCCUCGCCCAUGCCCUAUUUCGUCAAUAUUUAUGCGCGCGCUACCAGUCCUUGGUUCCCUGUCGGGUCCUGCUUUCUCUACGCUUGCGCUCUCAUCUUUCCCCUAUUUCCACCACUUCGUUUGGACGUUUGACCAAACGCCGUCUGAUAGUUGCUCUCCGCGUCCUCUCGCAUCGCACCUGUGACCCUCUUUGCUACCGUAAUCGCGUAUCAUACAUGUAGGCAGUGACCUUAUAUCCCCUCAUCGUGCUCGCUGUUUUCUUUUCUGGAUAUUUCUGUGGACCCUCUGGAUUGUAGGUUUUGAAACGAUCUAUCGUCUCGGAGUGUAAUUCGACGCCACCUUCUUCCAUAUGCCUACGAAUAAGAUCCAG